CCAAUUUAUUCUACCAAAAAGGACCGAUUAAAACAUGAAUAUUUUGAGUGGUUAAAAAGAAAUUACAAACCUCUAUUUUUAACAAAGAUUGAUAAAUAUUCUAAUCAAUCAUAUGAAAAUCUAUUUACUUUACAUUCUAAUCCCGGAACUCUUCAAGAUUCAGAAAGUUUAUUAGAAGACUAUGAUUCUAUUUAUGAUAAAUUAAUAGAAACAACAACUAAAUCACUUGGACUUCUCUAA